CGCAAAACACAAGCGACCGAGCCGGCCGUUCAUCAACGAACAAUCAUCUUUCUACCUUCAUGUGUCGGCCAUCAUCGGUCGGGACGAACUUAUCAUAAUGUCCUCAAUCGCCAAGGGACGACCAUCACGGCGUGCCUCCGCAAGGAGGAGCUUCGUUGUCGAAGAGAGUUCAGAGGAUGACAGGCGCAGCAGUGUCACCCCCACGGUUUCGAGUCAUGACGGCGAUAAUGGCGAAGAGAACGAAGACGAAUAUACCCCGGUCGCGACAAAGAUGCCAGUGAAGCGGAGGAGAAGGACGACAGCAGAUCUUCCAGCACCCAGGGCGGCACGCCCCUCACGAGGCCGACGAGCAAAGACGGGCGAUCACCUGGACACUUCGUCGCGAGCCCCAGACGAAGGAAGUAGUAUUGCGACGACCACGACGAUAGAAGAGAAGGAACAGGAGAACGAGAAUGAGAAAGAGGAAGAACAAGAAGAAGCGGAACCGGAGUCACCUUCAAAGAAUGCGCUGGAAACACGUAAAAGAAAGAAACCCUCAGCCUCGCCGGAACCCGAACGUCGAAUCCGAAGAGAAAGCCCCCUUACCGACAUUACCGAGUCGGCCGUAAACCAGACCCCGAAGCCAGCGGAGGAGCCGAGAUCGCAGAUCUCCCCCGUGAAUCCGAUGUCGACGACGUUGGAGAAGCCAAUGGACAUAGUUCUGAAGUCGCGGACCUUGGCACCGCCUGCAGUGGAAGAGCCGACGGGUCCAAAGCCACGUAUGGUCAUCACCCAUUUGGUGCUAACGAACUUCAAGAGUUACGCAGGGAGACAAGUGGUUGGACCGUUCCACGUCUCUUUCUCUGCUGUUGUUGGACCGAACGGAUCCGGCAAAUCGAACGUUAUAGACUCGCUACUGUUCGUCUUUGGCUUUCGCGCCAGUAAAAUGAGGCAAGGGAAGAUUUCUGCUUUAAUUCAUAACUCUGCGAAUUUCCCUGACCUACCCUUCUGUGAGGUGGAGGUCCAUUUCCAGGAGAUUAUGGACCUCCCAGGAGGUGCUCACGAAGUCGUUCCAGAUUCCCAACUAAUCGUCUCCCGAAAGGCGUUCAAGAACAAUACCAGCAAGUACUACAUGAAUAAAAAGGAGACUAACUUCACAGUCGUGACCAAUUUCCUCCGCGAGCGUGGAAUCGAUCUCGACCAUAAGCGUUUCCUGAUUCUACAGGGUGAAGUGGAGUCUAUCGCUCAAAUGAAGCCGAAAGCCGCAAACGAACACGAUGAUGGCCUGUUGGAAUAUCUAGAGGACAUUAUCGGAACUUCCAAAUACAAGACUCCGAUUGAAGAAGCAGCAACUGAAGUUGAGACUCUCAAUGAAGUCUGCGCUGAAAAGAAUAACCGUGUCCAGCACGUCGAGAAGGAGAAGAAUGCCCUGGAAGACAAGAAAAACAAAGCGCUUGCCUACCUCAGAGACGAGAACGAGCUUGUUCAGAAGCAGUCGGCUCUAUACCAAAUUUACAUCAAUGAAUGCGAGGACAAUACUCGGGUAACCGAGGAAGCCAUUCUACAGAUGCAGGAGCUACUCAACCUGGAACUUGAGAAGCAUGAAGGCAACGAAUCAGGGAUCAAGGAACUCGAGAAGGCCUACAAGCGAGGCAUGAAAGAAUACGAAAGUAUGGACAAGGCAACGCAGGCUAUGCUCAAGGAAAUCGCAAAAUACGACAAGGAGUCUGUUAAGUUUGAAGAGAAGAGGAAGUUCCUAGUGGGUAAGCAGAAGAAGCUGGAGAAGGCCAUGCAGGCUAGCCGCCUCGCAGGAUCAGAAUCCGAAAGCUUGGUCGAAAAGCAUGCCUAUGAUAUCGAGAAAAAGACUGCAGAGAUUGCGGACCUCGAGAAGGAGAUGAAAGCGGAAGAGGAGGAGCUGUCCUCCAUUCGUGAAGGUCUGAAAGGCAAGACCCAGGGUCUCUCUGACCAGAUAACGGCCAAGCAGAAAUCUCUAGAACCGUGGAACACAAAAAUUAACGAGAAGCUGUCUGCCGUUGCCGUGGCACAGAGUGAACUGGACAUUCUGCGUGAGAAGAGCAAUGCCGGCGCUGUGGCACUGGAGGAAGCGCAGUCGAAGAUUGCUUCGAUUGAGGAGUCCUUGUCUGAGAAAGAGGCCAAUCUCGAAGAGCGACGCCAGCAGAAAGCGGAGCUAGAGGCAGAACUCGCGAAGCUCGAGGGCGAGAUGAAGAAGCUGUCGCAGAAAGAACCGGAAAUCCGCUCUCACGUCUCAAGCGCCCGGCAGAAAGCCGAUGAAGCAAGAGCUAGCCUUGCCAGUACCCAGAACAGAGGCAGCGUUUUGACUGGUCUCAUGAGACUCAAAGAAUCAGGGCGUAUCGAUGGUUUCCAUGGACGACUCGGUGAUCUCGGAACUAUCGACGAGAAGUAUGAUGUUGCCAUUUCGACAGCAUGCCCUGCUCUCGAAAACAUGGUCGUUGAUUCUGUUGAGGUGGGUCAACAAUGCAUUGACUACCUGCGAAAGAACAAUCUGGGAAGAGCCAACUUUAUUCUACUUGAUCGACUUGCUCGCCGAGAUAUGUCUUCAAUCUAUACGCCGGAGAGCGUUCCUCGACUCUUCGACCUGGUGAAGCCCAAGGAUCCGAAGUUCGCACCCGCGUUCUAUAGUGUUAUGCAGAACACCCUCGUGGCCAAAGAUCUCGACCAGGCAAAUAGAAUCGCUUACGGUGCCCGGCGAUGGCGUGUUGUAACGCUUGAUGGCCAGCUAAUUGACGUCUCGGGAACAAUGAGUGGUGGUGGCACGCGUGUCGCCAGAGGUGGCAUGUCUUCCAAGCAGGUCGCCGACACAUCCAAAGAGCAGGUAACAAAGCUCGAGAACGACCGCGACGAUAUGGAGAGAAAGUUCCAAGUUUUCCAGGAGAAGCAGAGACAGGUAGAAUCUCAAAUCAGGGAGAAGUCUGAGGAAAUCCCUCGUGUCGAGACUAAGAUCCAGAAAAUCCUCAUCGAAAUUGAGAGUGCGAAUCGCAGCCUUGCGGAUGCCAAACGGAGAAUCAAGGAAAUCAGCGCUGAGCAUAAGCCAUCCAAGACAGACGAUAGCCGUGCCGCGGCGCUUGAAAAACAAAUUUCGUCCUUGGAAGCGGAUAUUGAAGAAUUGCGAUCUCAAAAGGGUGGAAUUGAGGAAGAGAUCCAGUCCCUGCAGGAUAAGAUUAUGCAGGUUGGCGGUGUCAAACUCAGAAGUCAGAAGGCCAAGGUCGAUGGCCUCAAGGAGCAGAUCAGCCUGCUUGCUGAAGAAAUCUCGAAUGCUGAAGUCGCCAAAUCCAAGAACGAGAAGCUUAUCAUCAAGCAUGAGAAGUCUCGUCGAGAUGCCGAGAAGGAACUGGGGCAUGUCGCUGAAGAGCUUGAGCAUCUCAACGAUGAUGUCCAGAACCAAGCCAAUGAUGCAUCUGGCUCGAGACAGAAGGCUGAAGAAGCUCAAGAGGUAAGGUGAGCUCGUGCGAUGCAGUGAAGCAGACUAACUCCUUUUGUCAGGCCCUCGAGACGAAGAAAGGCGAGCUGAAGGCUCUAAAGAACGAGCUGGACGAAAAGACAGCAGAGCUCAAUGAAACGAGAGCUGUAGAGAUUGAGAU